UUCCAGAGUUGCCCUCUCUACUCUUCAAGCUUCUCAAAGCUCUCACCAGUUACCAAGAGAUAGAGAAAGAUGGCUCAGUUGGUAAAACCAUUCAUAAGAACACAAAACCCAUUAAUAUCUUCAUCCUGUUCCUCAUCAAUCCUUCGUUUUCUCACAACUUUCUUCCCAGAUAAAUCCCCCUAUUCGUCGUCAAUCCACAACAACCACCACCAACAACGACGGCGGCAACUUACUAGCUUCAUUACACUUCCUCUCUGUAACAGAAAAUCUGAAUUUAAAUCACAUGCUUUGAAAUUACCUGAUUCAACAUUACUAGAAGGAGAUGAAAUUGAUUCUUCUUCUGCUUCUGAUAAGAGUAGAAAUGAGAAGAAAAGAGAAGCUCGUAAAGCUGUUAAAUGGGGAAUGGAACUUGCUACUUUCUCUGAGGCUCAGAUUAAACGAAUUGUUAGAAUCGCGUCACUAGAGGUAGAAGUUUACGAAGCUAUCAUGUUGGUCAAGAGAUUGGGUGCAGAUGUUCGAGAAGGCAAACGAAGACAACACAAUUAUAUUGGGAGAUUACUGCGGAAUGUGGAUGCUGAAUUGAUGAAUGCUUUAAUUCUGGCUACAAAAGAUGGUGAUAUGGAUAUGCUGGAAGCUUUAUCUGGCCUAGCAACUAAAACUGUCGCAGAGGAUGAGCCAACAUUGGAAGAUUCUGAAUCUGAGGAAGAAGAGGAGGAGUCAGAUCCGUACUCUGAUCUAGCAACAAGAUGGUGUGAAGGGCUGAUGAGUAAGGACUCCGACAUUACAAACGAAGUUUAUUCCAUUCACAGCGUUGAAUUUGAUCGUCAGUUCAUCUCUGCGAAGUACAUGAUAUUUCUGAACUCUAAAGUGUACCUUGCAAACAUGAAUCUACCCAUCACUUCUAUACCUAGAAUUUCUCCUUAGAUGCUCCCUGCAUGACUUCGGUAUUAUAGUUUAAAAUGAUCAUUUGAACAUCAAAGAAGUUGGUCUCGUUUCACUUUUAUGCCACUGCAUAUGGAGGGAAUGGGAUGAUGCCGUUUCAAAAGCAAGUAUGGAAGUAUUGAUUGAGGGUUAAAAGAAGGCCUGCUGUUCUUCUUUUUAGGCGCAUCACCAAAUUCCCUCUCAUGGAACUAAUGCUACUCUCGCAUCCAUUCACUCCUAACUUCCUGCUCAUUGGUGUACGCCGGACUGGAGACAACAUUAGUUCUAAAAGCUCCAUAUUGCUAGAGUCUACAUCAUCACUACUUGGGUUUAUUGGACGUUUUCUCUCUUAUUUUAGUUUAUGAUCAUCCAAUGCACUGAUGUGACAAUAAAUCUGAAGUAGAACCCAAGACUGAGGUACUGCUUUUUCUUUGAAUUGGCUACUAGAGAAUACUUGCUAGAUAGCAAAAUGAGAAGACGGGAAAAUGAGAAGAGAAAGUCAGGAUGGCACUUUCUAAACUUGAAUAACUGAAAAAGCUGUUGGUAGCAUAUAUAAAUCAUUGUUUGAUUGUAAAAUAUUGCUUUGCAGUCCAUGUUAUUUAGUGUUUCUUUACCAACCCAGUGUCUCUGCUCUAAGCAUUUAACCAUAAGUUAGCUUCCUGCACAUUCACAUACUAUUAGUUUUUAUAUCAUGAAUAUUUACUGCGUGACAUAUAUUAGUAAAAGUAUCCGUAUCUUCCUAAUGGUAUGUCAUUUGUUUGAUCACCUUACGUUGUGAUUUUUUGGCUCAUGGUAUGCUUUAUUGUUUUACUGCCCGGACAGUUUGAUACUCAAUAGACAUGAACUUAAGAUACUACCCUAAUGCUACUAUUUAGGUUGGUCUGUACUUCACAUUUGAUAUUGACUCAAAUGUGGAACUAAUUAUUUCAAGUUGAUUCACUAAUGGUCUCCCACGCUAGUUAUAAGUAUCAUAGCAUCACUAUAGUUUCAUCAUUCCUUGUGAGUGCUAUAUGGAUCACCCACAUGAGAAAAAUGAUGUAGGAAUCAUAAUACGUUGCUUUAACUGUCUAGUUUCUUUUCUUGCUCA